GACGUGACGUGUUACGUAAAUAAAGAUGGCGGCUCGCAGCAACCGACAGGUCGUGUGUUGUGAAACGUCUAGUUGCCCCCGCGGUGACAUUAUGUCAGUUCUGUCAUGAUGGUGGAAUAUAACUUUUAAUAAACGAUACAAACGCGGUCCAGUUUGAGAGCGCGUCACGGCAUUAGCGGUUUGAAUCUGGGAAUAUAGUCCAACGAUGGUGUCGUGUACCCGAAUGACACCGUGAGCAACUUGUCUACAAACUGCAAAAACUAAACAAAAAAAACACUACAGUCGAGAGAGAGAGAGAGAAAAUGUUUCCAGCGACGUGGUCGCGACUGUCCCGCGCGGCGUUGCCCCGCGGAGGACUGAGGACGCAGAGUCUGCUGUCCAGCUCCGGACCUUCAAACUGGAGCAAAGUGGUGUCCGACGCGGAGAAGCUCGUCGGAUACCCGACGUCCUUCAUGAGCCUACGCUGCCUGCUCAGCGAUGAGCUCAGUAAUGUGGCCAUGCACGUGAGGAAGCUGGUCGGGACUCAACACCCGUUGCUCAACACUGCAAGGGGCUACGUCUACGACAGCCGGCACAACCUCCAGACGAGGGGACUGAUCGUACUGUUGCUGUCGAAGGCGGCAGGGCCGAGCCACGCGGCCUCCGGCCUCCUGUCCCAGGACAUGGUCAGCGGCAUCUACCCGAGCCAGCGGAACUUGGCAGAAAUCACUGAGUUGAUCCACACGGCGUUCCUGGUGCAUCGUGGGAUAGUCGAUCUGAAGGGGUGGACGGACUCGGACGGCCCGCUGAAGGACAUGGAGUUUGGGAACAAGAUGGCGGUCCUGAGCGGCGACUUCCUGCUGGCAAACGCUUGUACCGGACUUGCCCAAUUGAACAACACCAAGGUUGUUGAGCUGAUCUCGAGUGCCAUCGGUGAUGUGGUUCAAGGCAUCUACAGUGAGAAUUACAGUAAUACUGAGGAGAGCAGUCCCACCGACGGCGUGGACGUGGCAGCGUGGGAGGAGCACGCCUUCCUGUCGCACGGGGCGCUGCUGGCCAAGAGCUGUCAAGCUGCGAUGGAGCUCGCCAAACACGACAAGGGCUCACAAAGGUUGGCCUUCAUGUACGGAAAGCACAUCUCGCUGGGCCACAAGCUGAACUCUGACCUGCAGCCGUUUCUGAAGAGCGGCGCGGGAGAGUCGGCGUCGUUCAGUCUGAGCGCCGCCCCGGUGGUUUUCCACCGUCAGAUCGUCGGCCAGGACAGGUGGCGUCAGCAGCUGCAGCAGGCAACAACACUGAGAAACCAGCUGGACUACUCAAAGCUUUUGGCAGCAGUGAAGUCGGAGAAAGGCGUGAGCUCGGCGGUGGACUUAUGCUGUUACCAUGGCAACAGGGCUCUGGAGGCCAUCCAGGCUUUCCCCUCCUCCGAGGCUCGAUCCGCCCUGGAGAACAUCGCCUCCGCCGUCAACAAAUUUUGACCUGGACACACACACACUCACACUCACACUCACACACUCACACUCACACUCACACAGUGUCUUUGUCUGCAGAGGCAAGAGGACGAGAACCACUGAACAGUUGAGACAAAUCAACUUCUCAUGUCUGGAGAAACUGCUGCUCUUCUCUGUUGUGGAUGACAGUGUCCAACGCAAUGGCUAUGCCCAUAAAUGGUCACCAUUAAAAAGAAUAAAAGCACAUUA